AAACAAAAGGCAUAUAAAUUAGAAUAAUUUUUAAUUAAAUAGAAUGAUUUGUUGCUGUUUAUUUAAUAUAGUUAAGAGUCGGAGAAAGAGGGUAAAAGAAAAGAAGGGGUAGCUAUCAUGGGUGGAUUAGUUAAAAGGAGAGCCUCUGCUACGCUAUAGGGGUUGAAGUGAUAGAGAAGGCAUACAUACAUAGAUUACUUUCACCUUCAACAUCACCACUACUAUCACCAUAACCCACCACACUUCCUCUAUCUCUCUCUAUCUAUCUAGAAAAGGAGUAGAUUCUCUGUUUUUUCUUUUUCUUUUUUUUCAAUCUACUUGCUGCUGAUAUUGAUGAUUUAAUAGCUCCUGAUUUUUUUACGGUGGAGAUUCUGUUUCAACUCCUCUGCAUUUUCCGAUGGAUCGUAAGAGUUGGCCAUGGAAGAAGAAAUCCUCUGAGAAAACACCGCCUACAGUCACCACCGAGGUUCUUGACCAACACCACCACGAGAAUGGGAAGAAGGCGAGCUACAUCCAGAUCUCCUUCGAUCAAUACUCUCAUUUCAACGCUUUGAAAGACCAAGUUCACAAUUACGAACAACAAGUCUCAAACCUAGAAGAUCAGAUCAAGGAUCUCGACUCCAAGCUCUCCACAGCUAAUGCAGAUGUUACUGCCAAGGAGCUUCUCGUCAAACAGCACUCCAAAGUCGCUGAAGAAGCCGUCACUGGAUGGGAAAAAGCUGAAGCAGAAGCUUCCUCAUUGAAAACAUCUCUGGAAACCGUUACGCUCGCCAAGCUAACCGUUGAAGACAGAGCUGCGCAUUUAGACGGAGCUUUGAAGGAGUGUAUGAGACAGAUAAGGAGUCUAAAAGAAGAGAACGAGCAGAAGCUGCACGACGUCAUCUCAACAAAGACCAACCAGAUGGACAAGCUCAGAGACGAGUUCGAGUACAAGAUCCGCGAGUUCGAGCAAGAGCUGCUACGCUCCGGGGCCGAGAACGACGCGCUCUCUAGGUCGCUGCAGGAGAGGUCCAACAUGCUUAUGAGGAUACGCGAGGAGAAGUCUCAGGCUGAGUCUGAGAUCGAGCAUCUCAAGAAUAACAUAGAGUCUUGUGAGAGGGAGAUUAAUACUCUCAAGUACGAGACUCACGUGAUCACCAAGGAGCUCGAGAUCAGGAACGAGGAGAAGAACAUGAGCAUGAGGUCAGCUGAGGCGGCGAACAAGCAGCAUCUGGAAGGUGUCAAGAAGAUCGCGAAGCUGGAAGGUGAGUGCCAGAGGCUAAGGACGUUGGUGAGGAAGAAGCUUCCAGGUCCUGCGGCGCUUGCGCAGAUGAAAAUGGAGGUUGAGAGUUUAGGGGGGAGAGGAGAGUAUGGAGAUCACAGGCAAAGGAGGUCGUCACCGGCUAGGCCGUCUAGUCCUCUCAUGUCACCAAUGUCAACACAUCAUCAGAUGUCAGAGUUCUCGCUCGACAAGUUUCACAAAGAGAACGAUUUGCUGACGGAGCGGUUAGUGGCGAUGGAGGAAGAGACCAAGAUGCUUAAAGAAGCGUUGGCGAGGCGUAACAGCGAGCUUCAAGUGUCGAGGAACCUCUGUGCCAAGACGACAAACAGGGUUCAGACGUUGGAAGCUCAGAUGGUGAUGAUGAGUAAGAGUAGUCCAACGAAGAGUGGGUUUGACGUAUUCUCUCACCAGAAUGCUAGUAACCCUCCAAGUAUGGCUUCGAUGUCUGAGGACGGAAACGAAGAUGCUAGAAGCAUCGCUGGGUCUUUGAUGUCUGAACUCUCUCAAACAGCUAAGGAUAAUAAAAACAGUGCCAAGAUGAAGAAGACAGAGAGUGCUAACCAGUUGGAGCUUAUGGAUGAUUUUCUAGAAAUGGAGAAGCUAGCAAAUGACUCUGAAGCUGAGGUUUCACCAGCGACGCAGCUGAAGCAAAGAAUCUCCACUUUGCUUCAGUCUCUCCCCAAAGAUACCGCCUCUGAGAAGAUUUUGGCAGAGGUACAAUGUGCUAUUGAAGAUGCGGGUAGUGUUGCUAAGCUGCCUUUUGAAUGUGAUGAACCUAAUGUUGCUAUGCCAAAUGAGACCACAGAGGAGAACGUUACCGUCGUUGAGGUAAUAAUAACACAAGAACUGUCUCAUGCUCUAUCUCAGAUAUACAACUUUGUUUCCUAUCUUGGGAAAGAAGCAACGCAGUGUCAGGACACAUUCUCACAGAAAGUUCAAGAGUUAUCUGUCACAUACGACAGAGUCUUGAGCAAGGAGAAGACUCUAGAGGACUUUCUGUUUGAUCUCUCACGAGUUUUAGUCGAUGCUAGCGAGCUGAAAAUCAAUGUGUUGUUGGGAUAUAACCCGUCUGAAGUGGAGAUUCAAAGUCCAGAUUGCAUCGAUAAAGUGGCUCUACCGGAGAACAAAGCACAUCUUCGGAAAGAUUCAUCAGGUGAACAUGGUUGUUCUCAGAGCUCUGAUUCCGAGAUUCCAGAUGACUGCAACGGUACAUCUGGCUAUGAUGCCAAGCUCUCAGCAGCAGCAGCUUGUAAGUUUACAUUAGAAGAGUUUGAAGAGUUGAAACUGGAGAAAGAAAAGGCAGAGACCAACCUUGCAAGCUGUGAAGCAGAUCUCGAAGCAACCAAGUCAAAACUACAAGAAACAGAGCAGCUUCUUGCCGAGGUCAAAUCAGAUUUGGAAUCUGCUCAGAAGUCUAAUGGCAUGGCCGAGACUCAGCUUAAAUGCAUGGUGGAGUCGUAUAGAUCUCUUGAAACUAGAUCAGCUGAGCUGGAAAUUGAGUUGAGUUCCCUGAAAAGCAAGAUCGAGAACUUAGAAGAUGAGCUUCAUGAAGAAAAGGAAAAUCACCGUGAGGCUUUAACCAAAUGCCAAGAACUCGAGGAGCAAUUACAAAGGGACAAGCAAAAGUGCCCGACUUGUUUAGUUACUGAAGCUGAUCCUAAAACCAAACAGGACAAUGAGCUAGCAGCUGCAGCAGAGAAGCUACAAGAGUGUCAAGAGACUAUAUUGCUUCUCGGGAAGCAACUCAAAUCCAUGUGUCCUCCCACAGAACAGGUUGCUUCGUCUACAAGCCAAGAACAAACCCUAAACCUAGAAGAAGACAACGAAUACGCAACUACAAGUCCUCAAGGCAACAGAAUGAGCUCGCCGUCAGAAACACCAGCGAUGCCUACGAUGAGAUCUCCGGUAGGGUCAAAACAUAGACACACCAAGUCAAACCCAUUAUCAUCAUCGUCCUCGUCGGGACUUACCCCUGAGAAACACUCUAGAGGAUUCAGCAGGUUCUUCUCCUCUAAAGCAAAGUAAACAACAACAACAAAAAGAGAGAAAAAUAAUCUAUAAAUCUAACUAUGUUGUAUAUCGUAUCUAUUGCUGCUAUAUAUACGGUAUUUUUACUAUGUGGGAAUGUUUUUUAACUUUAGUUUUUUUCUUUUUCUUUCCGUAAUGACAACAAGUUUGGUGUUGAUUUC